AUGUAUCUGGAAGAUUUUUCACUUGUAUAUCAAGAGGAUUUCUCUUCUUCAAAGCCAAGUCAUCGCGCAACUUCGAAUAACGUAAAUGAAAGAUCAGGUAAUUCGAAUGAAAGAUCAAAUAUCAAUAAUUCAAACUCUAACUACAUCAAUCAUCAAUUUGAUAAUAAUAGGGGUUUACAACAUUAUAAUUCAAAUAAGAGUUCCGAGAAUACUUUAAUGUUAAUGGAUUCAUUUUCAAAUCCUGAUACCAAUGUAGAUAAUGAAGAUGAAAAGUUUUAUAGUUUAAGUGAUUUGGAAUAUUCUGCAAAAUCAAUCACUGAAAAUGAAGAGCAGACGGAUAAUAAUAAUAUUAAUAAUAAUAAUAAUAAUAAUACUUAUAAUCUUUUCGAUUCUAAAUUAAUUGUUGACUCCGUAAAUGAUGUCACAAGAAACACUGGAACUGCAUUUUCUUUAGAUUAUCCUCUGGCAGUUUCCUACAAGAUUGAAAAUAAUAGAGUACCAACUCCAUAUUCACUUAAUUCAUCUCCAACAAAUCUUAAUGUCUCAAUGUUUAAAGAUUUUUCUUUAUUACCAAAUGUCACAAAUGACGCACUAACAACAACAACUUCAAUGAAUUCGAUUCAUUCUGAUAAUCAUAGCAUUACAAGCAGUAGUUAUAGCACUGCUAGCCUAAAUAUCGAUAAUGACAUAUUCGAUUAUAGGAAUAAUACUACCAGCAACAUAACUUUAUCAUCGCUGGCUGAGAAAAAUACCAUAUAUCCUGAAACAGUAACGACUUCUACUUAUAACAGCGAUGGCACUACUGCUAAUGAAAAUUAUUCAAAUAAUAAUGGGCAAUUUAACUAUGUUAAACAGCCAAGACAAGCUCGUUACAACAACGCUGGCACGACUAGUCACCAUCCAAGAAAAUCUAAAAGAAGAAGUAAUGCUGGUGCCGAGGAUGAUGAUGGGGACUCUAUUAAUGGUUUAAGCAAAAAAGUGUCUGACUCUCGUUUAUCAGCUCAUGGUUUAGCCGACGUUUUGCAACUGGAUUCACCUGAAGAGGCAUUAAAAAGAGAAAGACAUAUUUUGGACAUUUUUGAAAACGAAUUACAUUAUCCUCUUGGUUAUAAAACUUGGGUUCGUGAUACUACAAAGGAGUAUCGAGAAGAGUUAAUAUUGAAAUUGCAUGCAAGAGUUAGGGAAAGAUAUCCUCACUAUGAAUAUAGUUGCUCAACUCUGGAAACGAUAAUUAGGCGGGCAACAUAUUAUAUGAUGCAAAGUAGAUUAAGAAGAGAAAGAAGAGCAAAGGCUAAAGUACAAAAAUCUACAAAAUAA